CUACUCGUUUCUCUUUUAUAAGGCCACAGCCCGAGAGAUCCCAGUUGUACGCCAGAUAACUUUGGAUGAGCACAGGACGCAUGAAAGCAUGCUUUCGGUGCACGUUUCCUAGGCCACCUCUUUCAUCUUUAAAGGAUUUACAGCAACUCUGCGCUUCAACAGCUGUAACCUCCCGCUGUUCAGAAAAAGGAAGACAACAAUCUGAUCUGACGUCAGUGUCGGGGAGUGGACGUGCCGCGAGUAGAAGUAGCCAAGUGAGCGCGCUCUCAUGGACUAAAAUCCGCAAGGGUGGUCACUUCUCGACACAGGGCUUUUACUCUUUCUGAUAAGGGACUCAGCAUGCCCGAAGCGCACGACUCACGCGCCCCCGAGCAGUGACUUGACCGCAACUUUUGUUCGCAAUUUCCGAAGGAAGCACAAGCUUUCCCCAACACACCUCUACCUACGCGCCGCACAGGUAGGGGACGACGAUCCGGAAGAACUCGCAUAUCGGGUUACCGUCAACAGUUUAGCACUAUAGUACAGAGAUAUAUACAAGGCUACGUUGAGUUGAGUUUGUAUUUACCCAAGUCUCUUUUACUCACAUGCGCUACCAUACCAAGGGAGACAACUGAGACGACAUAUUGAUGAGGAAAGAUCUAGCCAUGACGGAACAGAAGAGGAAAAUGUACAUUCUGGUGGACGUCCUUUGUGUGAUUGUGGCGGCGAUGCCCUUUCUCAUCAUGACCAUUGUGUUCCGGCCGUACCAGCGGGGCAUCUACUGCGACGACGAGAGCAUCCGAUACCCCUACAAGUCCGACACCAUCUCACACGGCAUGAUGGCAGCCAUCACCAUCUCCUGCUCCAUCAUCAUUAUCAUGUCAGGUGAGGCCUACCUGGUGUACACCAAGCAGCUUCACUCCAACUCUGAGUUCAACCGCUACGUGGCGGCCCUCUAUAAGGUGGUUGGAACCUUCGUCUUCGGUGCCUGCGUCAGCCAAUCACUGACGGACCUGGCCAAGUUCACCAUCGGCCGGCCGCGGCCCAACUUCAUGGCCGUGUGCGCGCCCGUCGCCUGCACGGGUUACAUGCUGGAGAUUAACUGCACCGGGGCCCUCCGCAAUGUCAGUGAGUCAAGGUUGUCCUUCUACUCUGGACAUUCCUCCUUCGGCAUGUACAGCAUGCUCUUCCUGGCACUGUAUGUUCAGGCCCGCAUGGUGGCCAAGUGGGCGCGGCUCCUGCGUCCCACAAUCCAGUUCUUCCUGGUGGCUUUCGCCGUGUACGUGGGCUACACGCGCGUCUCCGACUACAAGCACCACUGGAGCGACGUCGUGGUAGGACUCCUGCAGGGGGCGCUCAUCGCCAUCCUCAACGUGCGUUACGUGUCUGACUUCUUUAAGACACGCCCCCCACUCUGUGCCCGAUCGGACUCUGGUGAAAGUGAAGAUCUGGAGAGGAAGCCCAGACUGCAGAUCGCCGACGGCGAGCACCCUAACAACCACUACAGCUACCCGGGACCUGUGUGAAACCAACACACACACACACACACACACACAUACACGCAUACGCACGCACACACAAG